AUUUGAUAUACCAGCCAACAUUCCAAGGUUUAAAUGUUAACUGUUCGUAUGUUUAUUCCAGUCGAGUUUACGCCCUACACGCCAUUCACGUCGUUCGCACCGUUUGUCGACUCUUCCAACGCUCAAAUGGAUGCAGAGGAUACAUCAACAGCCUACGAUGCCGUACUGACAAGAGUCGCACAAAAGACGAAAGCAAAUGUGGUAGGGACCGAGGAUCAGAACAAAGCAAGAGCCCAGCUGGAUAGCAUCCUUGAGAUCGCGCAACAGUAUCAGUCCCAGGAAAACGGGAUUGAUAUCAAAGAGACCGAUUUGCAAUUUUUGUCCGAGGAUGGCCUCAACGUCAAGAGCUUGUUGGAAGUUACUCAUUGUGCCAAGGCAGACCACGAAUCGCUCGCACCGCAGGAGGCCAUCCAGAAGAAUGCAAUCUUACUGUAUGAGCUGUACAAGAUGCAGGAGGAGAGGUUUGCAUCAAAGAACCAGACCGUCGGCGCUCGCGAGAAAGAAAUUGCGGCGAUAUUGCGCAAUUCUCUUGUGGAGCUGGCCAGCAAGGCGACACCUUCUACAUUUGUGACAGCAGAGGUUAUUACGGACGCUAUUCGAAGGAUCCCAUACAAGGAGCCCGCUUUUGCUGGAACGCUGCCUCCCACCAAACCUUUUGCAUUCCCGAGCAACUCGAUCCGCAGUGGACUUCCCCCAACUGCUACAGGAUACCCCACACACAACCCAGUGGCCCACAAAAAGGCCACGUCGCCGACGACCAUCAUACCUCAGGUCGCCUUGUCCCCACACAUCAACAUGACUGGAGGCUAUCCGUCUAUCCCUCAGCCCAGUCACCAUGCAUACUCUGUUCCAAACCAGCCCACACACCAAAAGACAUACUCGAGGCCUCGCGCCAACACUAGUAAUGCGCCAGCAACGCUGCAGGUCCAUGCCAACGGCGAUGUUACCUUCAGGAAAAACUUUCAUACCGUGGUUACUUCAACAGGUGGCACGCCUGCCCACUGGAGACGGAAUGAUUCUCAAAUUCCCUGUGCCAAUUGCGGAACGCUUGUCUCGCCUAUCUGGCGACUGGGGGUUCACAAUGAAAAGCUUUGCAAUGCUUGUGGGCAGUACAACAAGAAGUGGAAUGGGCUCCACCGGCCAGUCUCGCUCUUCCCAAACACGCAAACACCGACUUUUAGAAAGUAGAGCUCACAAAUACAAUUGUUCCUGAACACUUUUCACCUCAUCCGUCGCUCCCUUGGAAAAUCACGUGCUUUGAAUAUAAUUUUUUCUGUUUAUAA